GAACUCCAAAUAUACAGUCACGUGGUUUAUCACGGAUAUCGUUGAGCGUUGAGCAGCAGAAUCUCCUGUCUGUCUGUAGAUCGAAAUUCGGACCCACAGAAUCGCAGAAAAUACCGUACGUCUUUCUGUCUUUGUGUACGGCUAGUUAUAAAAUGGCUAUGCUCGCCAUGUAGGCAAAAGCAUAACAUUCCGGUAGCCAUUUUAAUAGGGACAUACCUGUACCGUAGCUUACUGGUAGCGGAAAUUUUGACAUGACAAUUUGAGUUUACGGACUUCUGGACUUGAGCUACAUAUAAUCCAUUUGGAAGGGUUAAAAAGUUUUAUUCAAGUAUGACGAGGUGGGCUAGAUCUAAGAAUGGCCAAAAGGUUGAACAAGGCUCAAAGUGGGAAGAUAUUGGGAGUAAACGUGCUUCAAAUUCUAACCUUGCUGGCCAUCAAAGUACUAAAUUCAGAGUCGAUUCUCAGAAAUCGAUUUCAAAUGUACAAAGGAAUGCUGUCCAAAAAGUUGCGAUCAAGAAGAAUAAAAGAUCAGAAAAUAGGAGAGUCAAGAGACAUCGGCGUAAAAUAGAUGGUAUGGUUUGUUUUCACUGUCGAAUGCCCGGACAUGGAAUGGCAGACUGUCCUAAAUUGCAGCAAGAUAAUGAGCAGGGGACAGGGAUUUGCUUCAAGUGUGGUUCAACUGAACAUAAGUCGCAUACAUGUACUGCAAAGAUACAAAAUGGAAGUUUUGCAUUCGCAAAAUGUUUUAUUUGUAGGGAAGAAGGUCAUCUUUCGAAAACUUGCCCGACCAAUCCUAGAGGACUUUAUCCAAAUGGUGGUUGCUGUAAACUUUGUGGUUCAGUUGACCACUAUAGAGAUUGCCCCGAAAGGCGAAUUAAAGGGGAAGUUAAUGCUUAUCGGUUAACUGGAUCUGUCAGUGGUUGUGAUCAUAAUAAUAAACUCGAACAUGUCAGUGUUGAUGAUGAAAUAACUCUAUAUGAAAGUGACGACGAAUUAAAAAAUACACAACCGAAUAUAAAAAAGCCAAAAAUUGUCAAAUUUUAAAAAUCUUAUUCAUGCUAUAUUCAGUAUGUGUUAGUAAGAACAUUUUUGUGUUUUUUUAUAUGCACUUCUCGAUACCCAACCUAAUAUAAAAUCAAUGUCAUGAAUCAUGUACAAGUCAUGUUCAUUUACAUCCUAUAAAGUAUGAGGAAUUUAAUAUUCAUGUCUCUGUUAGA